CGAGACGACGCGCGCGAUUGCGAACACGUUCGAAAAAAUCGGAUCUCGUGUAUGUGGUUCGAUCGCGGCGACGUGCUCGCAUCGACGUUGGCUAUCGUCCGUCGCCGGACUCGCCGCGGACGCGAUCUUAGUUGUUCGCGGAUGCCGACUGUACGUGGACGGUAAAACUCCGCGAAGACGAGACCCGAAGUGUCGCGAAGUUUCGCAAGAACCGCGCGCAGCUUCCACCGAAGAUACGAGCUAUCGGACAGAGGCAGCGACGCCGUCGUCGAAGCCCUACGGUGUAGCUGGAAUUAUCGUAGAAAUACGUGCGUGGUUAACGUCGAUCGAAGACGAUGUCUAUUUCGGAUCACGAGGUGAAAUACACGCCGAGCAGAUGGAGCAAGAGAUUCGGGCACGAAGAGUUGCUCGCGUACUUCCACGAUUUCGCUGCAACAGUUACGAAGAAAGCACGUGAUACCAGAAAUUGCGAGCUGGCUAUUCGAUACGGACCGCUGACAAACGCUAAAUACGACGUGUACGGAACCGAUUUGCCAAAAGAUGCUCCUAUGCUCGUGUACAUCCAUGGUGGAUAUUGGCAAGAAGGUAGCAGGGACGAAGCGGCAUUCGCGGUACCGUAUUUCGUUGGUCAAGGAAUCAAAGUUGUAGUUGUCGGCUACGAUUUGUGUCCUCAUGUCAGACUCGGAGAAAUAGUAUCCGAAAUAAAAAUGGCGAUCGAAGAGAUGUUGAAACUAGCAUCGGAUAAUGGGAGCAGGUGCGUUUGGAUCGCCGGCCACAGUGCAGGCGCACAUUUGGCAGCGAGUCUUUUAUUCGACGAGACGUGGCUGAAUAAAAUGAUGGAACGAGAAUACAUGAAUCCGUUGAAAGGUCUCGUCCUGAUAGGGGGUAUUUACGACCUCGGUCCUUUGGUCGAUACGACCAUCAACGACAACUUGAAGCUUACGGAUGAGGAAAUUGCGGCGUACAGCUUCGUCAAUCUCGACACUUCGGAGAACAGAAUCAUUACGGGAUUGAAAGUUAUCGUGACCGGCGGAGAAUGCGAAUCGCCAGAGUUUAUAAAUGAAUCGCGCAAAUGUGCCCAGAAACUCGUCACGAUGGUGGACGACGUUCGUUAUCUAUUGCUUCGCGAGGAAAUCGAUCACUUCGACAUCGUGGAGAAACUCACCGAGCCAGAAUUCUCUCUAACGAAAAUCAUACUGGCUAAUAUGUCUUGCGCAUAACAAAUCGUUCAUCGAUAUACGAAUUGAGAUGUAUUACCUACUCUGUACGAAAAUCAUAUAUAUAUAUCGGUAUUCGUAAAAAAUUUAUUAAGUGUAA